GAAAAAGCCUCUCCCCUUUUUUCUCAACAAAUUCUUUCUUCUUCUUCUUCAACCAACUUUCUCCCAACUUUCCCCGCCGCACGUGUUCCAAUCACCCCAAUCGUCGAUCGAUCCUCAGAGAAAUGGUGAAACUCAGCAACAAUCUGCUCGGGAUCCUCAACGUGAUCUCCCUCCUGAUCUCGAUCCCGAUCAUCGCCGGCGGCGUCUGGCUCUCCAGGCAGUCCAACACCGACUGCGAGCGCUACUUCGAGAAGCCGGUGAUAGCCGUCGGAGUCAUCCUCCUGCUCUUCUCACUCGCCGGCGUCAUCGGCGCGUGCUGCCGAGUCUCCUGGCUUCUCUGGAUCUACCUCGCCGGAGUCUUCGUCCUCAUCGUCGUCCUCUUCGGAUUCACCAUCUUCGCCUUCGUGGUCACCAACAAGGGCGCCGGCGAGGCGAUUUCCGGCAGAGGAUAUAAGGAGUACAGGUUCGGAGAUUACUCCCACUGGUUGCAGAAGAAGGUCGAUCACAACUGGGGAAGGAUCCGGAGCUGUCUCGAGGACAGUAAGAUCUGCCAGAAAUUGAUCGAUGAUGCCAAUAAUAAUAAGAUUGUUGCUGAUAUUUUCUACAAACAACACCUCUCUGCUCUUCAGUCCGGUUGCUGCAAGCCAUCGAACGACUGCAACUUCACGUACGUGAGCCCAACGAACUGGAUCAAGAUGGGGCAGCCCAUCAGGCCCAACACGGACUGUGAUCUUUGGGGCAAUGACCCGAACAGGUUGUGCUACAGCUGCCAGUCAUGCAAAGCCGGGCUGAUCGACAACAUCAAGUCCAACUGGAAGAAGGUGGCCAAACUCAACAUCGCAUUCCUCGUCAUCCUCGUAGUCGUCUACUCUGUCGGAUGUUGCGCUUUCCGCAACAACCGCGAGGAACGACACCGCUCUUCUUGGAAGCCUUAGUUGCUUUUAUAUAUAUAUAUAUAUAUAUAUAUAUAUAUAUAUAUAUAUAUAUAUAUAUAUAUAUAUAUAUAUAUAUAUAUAUAUAUAUUCUCUAUUUUAGCAGAUGCUUUUAUUGUACAGUAUAAUAUUCCUAUUUUUAGUACUCCGUGUUUUUGCUUUUUUUACUCCUAAUAUUCCUAGGAGUAUGUUUCUUGCCUCUUUGUGACUAUUGUUCAGUACUUAGUUGGUGCUCUUGUGUGUGCUUUGUUUGCGUUUCUGUAUUUGAACUGGGUUCACUAGUACUAUUUUCAAGUCAGCGUGCACAUAUUUUGCCAGACCCAACGUUUUGUGGAGUUUUAGUUUGGCAGAUUUAUGGUUUUGAUUUUUUGAGUUUUCUUUACAGUAAAAAAAAUGUGUUCUA